CGCGCGCGCGCGUGGCUCUACGGAAGCCGGGCCGGCGCGCUCGUGUCCCCGCGGCGGCUGAGGCGGCGGCCCCGGCCUGAGGGGCUGGGGGGGUCCCGGCGGUCCGGGCGGAGCGGGGAGCGGGAUGGCGGCACCGUGAGGAGCUCGCACGCUCCGCACGGCCUGGAUGCCCGCGGGCGGCAGGACGCUGUCACACGCCGCCCGCGCUCUCGGCAGCGGCGCGGCUCUGCGCUGCCCUCACGCCCCGCUCCCCUCGCCCAGGCCGCUCUCCCGCCCCGCCGCGGCCCGCCCCGCGUGCUGCUGGCAGCUGCCGGUCCGUGCGGCGUCCCCGCAGCAGCGCGGGGCUGCCGCGUUCGCCGUGUCGCUGCUGCUGGGCAGCUGGCUGCGCUCGGCCGCGGGCAUGGCGGAGCAGCGGUACUGCGUGGACUACGCCAAGCGCGGCACCGCGGGGUGCAAGAAGUGCAAGGAGAAGAUCGUGAAGGGCAUGGUGCGCAUCGGGAAGAUUGUUCCCAAUCCUUUCACCGAGUCCGGCGGGGACAUGAAGGAGUGGUACCAUGUCAAGUGCAUCUUUGAGAAGCUGGACAAGGCCCGGGCCACCACCAAGAAAAUCGAGGACAUCACAGAUUUGGAGGGGUGGGAAGAGCUGCAGGAUGAGGAGAAAGAAACAAUCAACAAGUACAUCUCAGAAGCCAAUUCCAAGACUGGAGGUACCCCGAAGAAAAAGGUGAUAGUGCAGGCAAAACUGACUCCCACAGGACAGCUGACCACAAAAGAUCCACCAAAGAAAUUCUCUGGAUUCUCUGCCAAGCCCAGGACUGCCGAGGAGGCCCCUGCAGGUGCCCCGCGGCCCAGCCUGUCUGCAGCCAGGUGUGACCCCGGGCACAAGGACUGCCUGCUGCGCGAGUUCCGCAAGCUCUGCGCCAUGGUGGCCGACAAGCCCAGCUACAACGUGAAAACUCAGAUCAUCCAGGACUUCCUCAGGAAGGGCUCUGCAGGAGAUGGUUUUCAUGGUGAUGUAUAUCUGACCAUUAAGUUGCUGUUACCAGGUGUCAUUAAAAUAGUUUACAACUUGAAUGAUAAGCAGAUUGUAAAGCUGUUCAGCAGGAUUUUUAACUGCAACCAGGAAGAAAUGGUCCGGGACCUGGAGCAGGGAGAUGUUUCUGAGACCAUCCGGAUCUUCUUCGAGCAGAGCAAGACCUGUCCUCCAGCACCCAAGAGCCUGCUGACCAUCCAGGAGGUCGAUGAGUUCCUCAUCCAGCUGUCCAAGCUCACCAAGGAGGAUGACCAGCAGAGUGUCCUGCAGCAGAUCAGCCGCAGGUGUACGGGCAACGACCUGAAGUGCAUCAUCAGGCUGAUUAAGCAUGACUUGAAAAUGAAUGCUGGAGCCAAGCAUGUGUUGGAUGCUCUGGAUCCCAACGCCUACGAGGCGUUCAAGGCCUCGCGGAACCUGCAGGACGUGGUGGAGCGCGUGCUGCAGAACCAGCAGGAGGCUGAGAAGGUGCCAGGGCUCAAGAGGACCCUGAGUGUGCAGGCCUCGCUUAUGACCCCCGUGCAGCCCAUGCUGGCUGAGGCCUGCAAGUCCAUCGAGUACGCCAUGAAGAAGUGUCCCAACGGCAUGUACGCCGAGAUCAAGUACGACGGCGAGCGCGUGCAGGUGCACAAGAACGGCGACCACUUCAGCUACUUCAGCAGGAGCCUCAAGCCUGUGCUGCCCCACAAAGUAGCCCAUUUUAAGGAUUUCAUCCCCCAGGCUUUCCCUGGUGGGCAAAGUAUGAUUCUGGAUUCAGAAGUUCUCCUGAUUGACAAUAAAACUGGCAAGCCACUUCCUUUUGGGACUCUUGGUGUGCACAAGAAAGCUGCUUUCCAGGAUGCCAACGUUUGCCUCUUUGUGUUUGACUGCAUCUACUUCAAUGACAUCAGCCUGAUGGACAGGCCCCUGUGUGAACGGCGCAAGUUCCUCCACGACAACAUGGUGGAGAUCCCCAACAGGAUCCUGUUCUCAGAGAUGAAACAUGUCACAAAAGCUUCAGAUCUGGCAGACAUGAUCACCCGGGUCAUCCGCGAGGGGCUGGAAGGGCUGGUGCUGAAGGAUAUCAAGGGUAAUUAUGAGCCAGGGAAACGCCACUGGCUGAAGGUGAAGAAGGAUUAUCUCAACGAGGGGGCAAUGGCUGACACUGCUGACCUGGUGGUGCUGGGGGCUUUCUAUGGACAAGGCAGUAAAGGUGGGAUGAUGUCCAUCUUCCUCAUGGGCUGCUACGACCCCAAGACUGAGAAGUGGUGCACAGUGACCAAGUGCUCUGGUGGCCACGAUGACGCCACUCUGGCACGUCUGCAGACAGAGCUGGACAUGGUGAAGAUCAGCAAGGAUCCUAGUAAAAUUCCAAGGUGGCUAAAAAUUAACAAAAUCUACUACCCAGACUUCAUUGUCCCAGAUCCAAAGAAAGCCCCGGUGUGGGAGAUCACGGGGGCCGAGUUCUCCAAGGCCGAGGCGCACACCGCGGACGGGAUCUCCAUCCGCUUCCCGCGCUGCACGCGCAUCCGCGACGACAAGGACUGGCAGACAGCCACCAACCUGCAGCAGCUCAAGGAGCUGUACCAGCUCUCCAAGGAGAAGGCUGAUUUCAGUGUUACAGCUGGGGAGGAAGAUGAGUCCACAGCUGGCAGCAGUGGAGAGAACGAUGGGAAUUCCAGGUCUUCCACACCUCACAGCAGUAUUAAGAGUCCCCCAAGCAAGUCACCUGCAAAAGCCCAGAAGGCAGAAGACAGCAAAGGAGUCACUGGAUCCCCUGAAAAAUCCGAGGAGAAACGAGGGGAGAAGAGAAAAGCAUCUGAGAUGGAGGACAACGGGAAGAAGCUGCCACUGCUGGACAUUUUCACGGGGGUGAGGCUCUACCUGGCUCCCUCUGUGAAGGACUUUGAGCGGAUCCGCCGCUACUUCAUCGCCUUCGACGGGGACCUGGUGGCAGAGCUGGACACGGCCUCGGCCACCCACGUGCUUGGGGACACUGCUGAGCACCCCGGGGCGCAGCGGGUGACCCCCAGGUGGAUCUGGGAGUGCAUCCGGAAGCGCAGGCUGGUGGCACCGUGCUAGCACAGGGGCAGUGCUGGCACACAGCAGCUGGGGACAGGGAGGUGGCGGAAGGGAGAUGCCAUGCAGGGGUGGGUAGGCUGGAAGUGCCCUCAGAAGUAGUUACAGAGAUCCAGAGCAGCCCUGUGGAGUGAAUUUAAAAAGUUCUCUGAUGAAAUGUCACUGCUGAAUCCCAUUUUCCUGCCCACACCGUAGACCACCAUCCUUAUCCAGGUGCUGGAUUAGUCUCCUUGGGUUUUUAAAGUUUGGGUAUUUUUAUAGAUAAAUAAAACUGAAGCAGCUUCUCCUUUGCUGUCAGGACUUAAUUUCCAAAGGUUCUUCUCUUCCUGUUCAGGAGAGCAGAGCAGCAGCUCCAUGGGACUCUUGGCUGUGGUGCCAAGGUCAUUUGUGUCGUCAGGUAAUUUUUUUCCACCUCCACCUCUUCUGUACCCCUCCCACCAAGAGCAUUCCACCAGCUGGGAUCCCAAUUUCUGGCUGAGGGUCAGCAGUAGCUGUAGGAUCUCUGCUUGUAACAGAUUCAGAAACAAAGUUAACUAAAUCACAAUUCAACUUUAUUAUAAAAUUAUAAACCAAACUUCUGUACCAAAACUAGUAAGUUGAACUGUCGUAGUACCAGAGGAUUUAAUAGUGAAUAACAUGCCCUUUCAAGUAGAAUAUUAAGUUUUAAAAUCUUUAAACAAUGUACAGUGUACAUAAAGCACAUAAAUAUUUCCAUUUACUUUAUUAGUUCAGAACAUUAUAUUCCUUUGGAUCAUUAAUCAGUUUCCUCCAGGUUUUGAUUUUCCUUUAAAAAUAACUCACUCAUAUCCAUAAGUAGAGAAUCCAUUUUUACAAGGGAAACAAGAAGAGUCCUCCCUUCACAAAGCACAUUUUGGAAUUCAGGGUGGUUGGAUCUUCUCAUCCCUAAAAUUUCAGGCAUUACCUGCAGCUUGAUUUAACUGCUGUAGAAAAUAAGCCUACCCUCUACAAGGAAAGCACAUCUGUCCAUAGGGGAAUCAUCUUCCUGCUACAUUCCCCCAGCCCUGAGUUUACUGAAAAAUACGACAUGAAUUUUCACAGUGGAUUUCCUCAAAGAGGCUGUUCAGCACAUGGUGUAUUCCUGCAGCUCCUCCAGGUCCCAGUGCUCUCUCCAGAGCAAACAGAGUCACUUCUUACCUGCCCUUUCUCUGUCAGGAUGCACUGACUUGUUCACUUUGUUCUCCUGCUGGAUCUGUUCAACCUUCAGAUUAAAGAACAGCCUGACCUGGGACAGAGGUAGGACUCAGAAUGCUGAGUUCAGUCAGCAGCAGCUGCUGCAGUUUUGUGGAAUUCUGAGAUCAGCUCAGUGAGAGAUUCCUGGCUCCCUCCUGCUGCCUCCUGAGCCAUGGAUUUCUCAUCCCAGGUGCUCUUUUGGCUGCAGCUCCCAGAGCAAAGACCCUGCAGCUGAGCUGCUGCUGCUGGAACUGCCCCUGUGCAGAGCACAGCAGGUCCGUGUGCUGCUGCCAGCACUGCCACUGCCCAGGAGCUCUGCUGCUGUCCCUCAGCUGCACUUCAGUGCCCCAGGAGCUGAGGGUGUCACUGCAGAGCCCCUCUGCCUUUGUGCCGGUCCCUGCUGGCAGCCAGGCUGGAGCACAGAGCCAGCCCUGGCCCAGAGCAGCCAGGACAGCCUCAGCUGCCCUGCAGGGAGGGCACAGUGCCCUGCUGAUGGACCCUGAGGGGAAAAUACACCAGUUAGUCACCUCCAGCAGGAACUGCCAGACUACUCCUCUAGCAAGUCUCCUCCAGCUGAGCACAGUGCCAGGAGAGCUGUCAGGGAUCAGGCCACAGCCUCUCCCCACCCUCACCAGCAGAAAGGACAAAACUGCUUUUGGUAAGCAGUGCAAGGUAACAGAACUGUGAAACAGCCCUGGGGAGGAUGGGGGAAGCUGAUCUGCAGUGGAGAUUGCUCAUGGAGCCAAGGGAGACAAAGGCUUUCUUCCAUUAGUCCCUUCUAAAAAAAGAAAAAGUCACCUGUACUUAAAUAUGAUUGUGUAGCAAUGCAGUCCUCACUAUGCAGCUCUGUGGUUCCUCACUAAAGCCUGGGCAAGACUCAAGCCGUGGAUUUACAGCUCCAUGGUCAAGUGGGGGCAGUUCAGUCUGAGCCCCACCCCUGGCACGUGCUGUGAAGUCAAAGUCGACAAAAACAAACCAGAAACCUCCCUCUGGCACAGAAACAAAAACCCAGCAGACAGGGCAAGGCUGAGCCUUCCCAGCCUCCCUCCCCGACAGUUUUCAAUAAUACAAAGACAACCUUGAUACAAAAUUACACAUUUUUCCACAAUUGCACUAGGCUGGAAUUAGGGAAAGCAGGGAGGGUCUGCCUGUCCUGCAAGCACAACAAUUUUACAUUAAAUUUAAAAAAAAGUUAAAUUAACAAGCACAGUGAGAUUUUAAUCUUCGAAAAUCAAGUUGUUGCUGGGCAGAGCCUGAGCAGCAAAACAAAGGACACUUUUUGAGACCCCAGUUCACUUUAUUAUUCAGAGGGAAAUACAAAGCCUCUGGAGCUGAUCUUCCUGGUGGAAAGCUGGGCAUCCAUCUGUCCUCAAACGAUCCUAGGAUGGAGGUGGUUAAUGAUUGCUGGCAAUGAGCUCCAAGGAGUCCAGGCACUGUGGUGUAAAGCACGAUGCUGCGAUGAGCAGAGCCGGGCACGGCUUGAGCAGAGCACUUUCCCCAGGCUUCCUCUUUCCCUCUUGCAGCAGGGUCCACACUAAUCAAGGUAGCUGUUGGCAGGGAUGUUGGCCCUU